AAGUUUAGACUACUAAACAGUGAAUCCUAUAAAUGAGGGAACAAUAACUGGUCAUAUAUUUAUAAUCCAAAAAGGUUUUGUCAUAUCCAUUGUUUUUGUAUCUGUCCUGACUUAUCACAGUCCAAUCUGAUAGAGUUGACUUGUCUCUUCUCCUCUAUAACAUCAUCUUCUGUCCAAACAAAUCAGUAUCUCCGCAAAUACUCCACUGCCCUUUGGCCUCAUACAAUAGAACUAGUACAGAGAUAUAAUGGCUGGUGGGGGACUUUCAGAUGGGGGACCACUCAAAAGGGCUCAUCUUUAUGAGUAUAAGAUCACUGGUUACUUUAUCUUUUCUUCCAUAGUUGCAGCUCUUGGUGGUUCCCUUUUUGGUUAUGAUCUUGGUGUUUCAGGUGGAGUUACUUCAAUGGAUGAUUUCUUGAAGGACUUCUUCCCAAAAGUAUAUAAAAGGAAGCAAGAACAUCUCAACGAAACAGAUUACUGUAAAUAUGACAACCAAAUGCUCACACUCUUUACUUCCUCUUUGUACUUUGCGGCUCUUGUUUCUACGUUUGGAGCCUCCUAUAUUACCAGAAAUAAAGGUAGAAGAGCUAGCAUUAUUGUCGGAUCAAUAAGCUUCUUCUUAGGAGCAAUUCUCAAUGCAGCUGCAGUGAACAUCGCAAUGCUGAUUAUAGGCCGUAUUCUGCUUGGUAUAGGCAUUGGAUUUGGUAAUCAAGCAGUUCCCUUGUAUCUUUCAGAAAUGGCUCCAGCUAAAAUCCGAGGGGCAGUUAACCAACUGUUUCAACUAACAACCUGCUUAGGAAUCUUAAUAGCGAACCUCAUAAAUUAUGGAACGGAAAAAAUUCAUCCAUGGGGAUGGAGAUUGUCUCUUGGAUUAGCAACAGUUCCUGCAACUUUAAUGUUUAUUGGGGGUGUUUUCCUCCCGGAGACUCCAAACAGUCUGGUAGAACAGGGAAGACUGGAAGAAGGAAGAAAAGUAUUAGAGAAAGUUAGAGGAACAGCCAAAGUUGAUGCUGAGUUUGCUGAUCUUAUUGAUGCAAGCAAUGCAGCAAGAGCAAUACAACAUCCAUUCAAGAACCUUCUCAAGAGAAAGAAUCGCCCGCAACUGAUAAUAGGGGCACUAGGAAUCCCUGCAUUCCAGCAGCUCACCGGCAUGAAUUCUAUACUCUUUUAUGCUCCUGUCAUAUUUCAGAGCCUGGGUUUUGGUUCGGGUGCAGCUCUAUAUUCAUCGGUCAUAACCAGCGGAGCACUUGUGCUUGGUGCCCUCAUUUCAAUGGCUUUAGUGGACAAAUACGGUAGAAGAGCCUUCUUUUUGGAAGCUGGAACUGAAAUGCUGUGCUACAUGGUGGCUGUGGCCAUAACAUUGGCCUUGAAGUUUGGACAAGGAGUGACACUUCCAAAAGAAAUUGGCAUCUUCCUAGUGAUAAUCAUAUGCUUGUUCGUCUUAGCGUAUGGAAGAUCAUGGGGACCUCUUGGUUGGCUAGUUCCUAGCGAAAUCUUCCCGCUGGAGACAAGAUCAGCAGGGCAGAGCAUGGUGGUCUGUGUGAACAUGUUAUUCACAGCUCUGAUAGCACAAUGUUUUCUGGUGUCAUUGUGCCAUCUUCGAUAUGGAAUAUUCUUGGUGUUUGGUGGCUUGAUUUUGAUAAUGAGUAGCUUCAUAUUCUUCCUCCUGCCAGAAACAAAACAAGUACCAAUUGAGGAAGUGUAUCUUCUAUGGCAAAAUCACUGGUUUUGGAAGCGCAUUGUGGGCAAUGGAGACCAAGUUGAACUAGAUGAAAAAACUAAUAGACAAGAAGUUUAAAAUCUUUCUUGUUCUGAUAAUUUUUUUUUUCUGUUAAUGAAAGUGAGGAUGCAUCAUAUUCUAAUUCAGAAGACAAUUAUCUAAAGUUACUGUCAAGUUCAGCAUUAAUCCUGCUCAGGAAGAACUGUCAAGUUUCUUUUGUUUUUUGUUUGUAAUAUAUUUCCUUUUCCUAUUCA